AUGAAUUCGAUCUCAAAGCCUUUCGCUCAAAAGAGAUUCUUCAUAUCCACAAUAUUCUAUCUGGAUGUUGCUAACAAGGUGUUCCUUAUGUGUGUUGCUAACAAGAAGUUCUCUUUGUACGUAAAAAUUUUGAGGAAGAUGAAUUCGAUCUCAAAGCCUUUCGCUCAAAAGAGAUUCUUCAUACCUACAAUAUUCUAUCUGAAUGUUGUUUACGAGGAAUUUCCUGUGUAUGUUGCUAACAAGGUGUUCCCUAUGUAUGUUGCUAACAAGAAGUUCUCUUUGUACGUUGUCAUUAAGGAGUUCAGCGAGAACGUUGCUUAUAAGGAGUUCCUUAUUAGGAGUUCCUUGUGUAUGUUCCUUAUAAGGAAUUCCCUGUGUAUCCCCUUUCCUUAUGAUUAA